UUUAUAAAACUGUUGUGUUAUCGUCAUAUGAUGUAAAAACUGUCAUCAUUAUUUCAGUUGAUUGUGAUUAACCAAAAAGGAUGUGACCAUAAAUGUUUCAAUUACCAAGGAAUUAAUGAUUUCCAUUACGGAUGAUGUUGAAGUACACAUUUGUGGUACGAUUAUAUUCUUUGGAAUAAUAAUACAGAUAUAUUUGUAUUAGCAAACACAAAAAUGGCGCUUAUCAACAUCGAAGGAAUUGAUCCUUGGCUUACGGAAUAUGACGCAUGUGAGAAACUAUUCCGUGAAAUUAUGGAACAGCUCACUAUGCGUGAUGGAGAACCAAAAACAUCAAAAGUUUAUGCCAGCUUGUCAGCCAAUAUAAGAUUGCGUAUGAAGCAAUACACACGGGAAGUUCAGCAAUUAAAAUGCAAAGUGGAAGAAGCUUCUAAAUUAAAAACAAUAACAUUAGAGGAAGCUGAACGUCGGACGAGGCAAGUGGAACAAUUGCAAAGCAAAGACAUUCAAUUACAAAAAUUAUAUGAGCCACGUACAAAUGAUUAUAUGUCGUCGCGCACUAGCUUAUUAAGGGCAGGCUCAUCGGCUUUCGCUGAUGGAGGCACAACUUCUUGGGCUGCUGACGAUGAUGAUGACAAGCCAUUAAAUGUUCAAGUAUCUGUUAAUGAUCUUAUGAGUCAUCAAGAACGAGUAUUGAUAGAACAAGAUAAAGGCUUAGAAGAGUUAUGUAAAGUGAUAGCUCGCCAAAAAGAAAUUGGACAAACAAUUAGUAAUGAAGUGGAUCACCAAAAUGAAAUAAUUGAUGAUCUGGCUGAUCAUAUGGAUAGGACUGAUGAAUCUUUGAUUAACAAGACUCAACAGGUUCGUAAUAUUAAUUCCAAAGAUCGUACAUGUGGUUAUUGGAUAGUGAUACUUAUACUUUUUAUUGCUAUUAUUAUUGUUUCUUUCGUAUAGUGGAUAUUGAAUAUAUUAUAUU